UUUUGGGGGGGAAGGUGGGGUUUGGGGGGCGCUGGUGGGCACCCCUGGAUCUGGCGGCUGCGGCCUUACGGGGGAAGGCUGAGCGGUGACCGGGAAAAGGGGCUCUUUUGGGGGCCCGAGGACUGUGAAACCGUGAGGGGGAGGAGGGUCCCCAGCGUCCAAGCCGGAGCCAGAGACGCGGAGCCCGCGCGAACAGCGGAGACAGGGCUACAGAACCACAGAUCCGGGCCCCGGCCUCUGCCAGGGGCCCCGCCCGGUGCCCCCACCCCACCCCACGUCCCUCCUGCAGCCCAGCUCCGCCCGCAACCGCCGCGGACCAGGUAGGCCGGCACCGCCGCCAUGAUGUGCGAGGUGAUGCCCACCAUCAGCGAGGAUGGCCGGCGGGGCUCGGCGCUGGGCCCGGACGAGACGGGUGGCGAGCUGGAGCGCCUCAUGGUCACGAUGCUUACGGAGCGUGAGCGACUGCUGGAGACGCUGCGCGAGGCGCAGGACGGGCUGGCGACGGCACAGCUGCGGCUGCGCGAGCUCGGCCACGAGAAGGACUCGCUGCAGCGCCAGCUCAGCAUCGCGCUGCCCCAGGAGUUUGCAGCCCUGACGAAGGAACUGAACUUAUGCAGGGAGCAGUUGUUAGAGCGGGAGGAGGAGAUUGCGGAGCUGAAGGCGGAGCGAAACAACACACGGCUCCUCCUGGAACAUCUGGAGUGCUUGGUGUCUAGACACGAGAGGUCACUGCGCAUGACAGUGGUGAAGCGUCAGGCCCAGUCUCCGGGCGGCGUCUCCUCCGAGGUGGAGGUACUCAAGGCUCUGAAAUCCCUCUUCGAGCACCACAAGGCCCUGGAUGAGAAGGUCCGGGAGCGGCUGCGGAUGGCGCUAGAGCGGGUGGCGGUGCUAGAGGAGGAGUUGGAGCUGAGCAAUCAAGAGACUCUGAACCUUCGAGAGCAAAUGUCUAGGCGACGUUCGGGACUAGAAGAGCCAGGCAAAGAUGGAGACGGGCAGACCCUUGCCAAUGGCCUGGGUCCUGGUGGAGACUCAAACCGGCGCACGGCGGAGCUGGAGGAGGCCCUGGAACGGCAGCGAGCGGAGGUGUGCCAGCUGCGGGAGCGCCUGGCGGUGUUGUGCCGCCAGAUGAGCCAGCUAGAGGAGGAGCUGGGCACCGCCCACCGCGAGCUGGGUAAGGCCGAGGAAGCUAACGCCAAGCUGCAGCGCGACCUCAAGGAGGCGCUGGCACAACGCGAGGAUAUGGAGGAGCGAAUCACAACGCUGGAGAAGCGCUACCUGAGUGCCCAACGCGAGGCCACGUCUCUGCAUGACGCUAACGACAAGCUGGAGAAUGAACUGGCCAGCAAGGAGUCGUUGUACCGGCAGAGUGAAGAGAAGAGCCGUCAGCUGGCCGAGUGGCUGGAUGACGCCAAGCAGAAGUUACAGCAGACGCUGCAGAAGGCAGAGACCUUACCGGAGAUAGAGGCGCAGCUGGCCCAGCGCGUGGCGGCGCUCAACAAGGCCGAGGAACGUCAUGGGAAUUUUGAGGAACGGCUUCGACAGUUGGAAGCCCAGUUGGAAGAGAAAAACCAGGAGCUGCAGCGGGCGCGGCAGCGGGAAAAAAUGAACGAUGAUCACAACAAGCGGCUAUCCGAGACCGUGGACAAGCUGCUGAGUGAAUCCAAUGAGCGCUUGCAGCUCCACCUCAAGGAGCGCAUGGGGGCGCUGGAGGAAAAGAACUCACUGAGUGAGGAGAUUGCCAACAUGAAGAAGCUUCAAGACGAACUGCUGCUUAACAAGGAGCAACUGCUGGCUGAGAUGGAAAGGAUGCAGAUGGAGAUCGACCAGCUGAGAGGGAGGCCACCAUCCUCUUACUCUAGGUCUCUCCCUGGCAGUGCCCUGGAGCUCCGGUAUUCCCAGGCACCUACAUUACCUUCUGGCGCCCACCUGGACCCCUAUGGGGCUGGCAGUGGCCGGGCAGGCAAGAGGGGCCGCUGGUCAGGGGUCAAGGAUGAGUCUUCCAAGGAGUGGGAACGGUCUGCCCCUGCUGGGUCCAUGCCACCUCCAUUCCCCGGGGAACUGGAUGGCUCAGAUGAGGAAGAGGCGGAGGGGAUGUUUGGGGCUGAGCUGUUGUCCCCCAGUGGACAGGCUGAUGUCCAGACAUUAGCCAUCAUGCUCCAAGAGCAACUGGAGGCCAUCAACAAGGAGAUCAAGCUAAUCCAAGAGGAGAAGGAGACAACAGAGCAGAGGGCAGAGGAGCUGGAGAGCCGAGUGUCCAGCUCUGGCCUGGACUCACUGGGCCGUUACCGAAGCAGCUGCUCACUACCCCCCUCCCUCACUACUUCUACCCUCGCCAGCCCCUCACCUCCCAGCUCUGGCCACUCGACACCCCGCCUGGCACCCCCUAGCCCUGCCCGUGAGGGCACCGACAAGGCCAAUCAUGUUCCCAAGGAGGAAGCUGGAGUUCCACGAGGAGAUAUACCAGCCAUUCCAGGAGACACCCCGCCACCCACACCCCGAUCUGCCCGCCUUGAGAGAAUGACACAGGCCUUGGCACUACAGGCGGGGUCCCUGGAAGAUGGGGGACCCUCACGGGGCAGUGAAGGAACCCAGGAUUCCCUGCACAAAGCCCCCAAAAAGAAGAGCAUCAAAUCAUCUAUAGGCCGGCUUUUUGGCAAGAAGGAGAAGGGGCGAAUGGGACCACCAGGCCGGGAUAGCUCUUCCCUAGCUGGAACACCGUCAGAUGAGACACUGGCCACUGAUCCUCUUGGGCUAGCCAAGCUGACAGGUCCCGGAGACAAAGACCGAAGGAACAAGAGGAAGCAUGAACUGCUGGAAGAGGCUUGCCGCCAGGGCCUGCCCUUUGCUGCCUGGGAUGGGCCCACUGUAGUCUCCUGGCUGGAGCUCUGGGUAGGCAUGCCUGCGUGGUAUGUGGCCGCUUGCCGGGCGAACGUCAAGAGUGGCGCCAUCAUGGCCAACUUGUCGGACACAGAGAUCCAGCGGGAGAUAGGCAUCAGCAACCCACUGCACCGGCUCAAGCUGCGCCUGGCCAUCCAGGAGAUGGUCUCGCUCACCUCGCCCUCCGCCCCUGCCUCUUCUCGCACGUCCACAGGAAACGUGUGGAUGACUCAUGAGGAGAUGGAGUCGCUCACAGCCACGACCAAGCCUGAGACCAAGGAGAUCAGCUGGGAGCAGAUCCUGGCAUAUGGCGACAUGAACCACGAGUGGGUGGGAAACGACUGGCUGCCCAGCCUGGGGCUACCCCAGUACCGCAGCUACUUCAUGGAGUCGCUGGUGGAUGCUCGCAUGCUAGAUCACCUUAACAAGAAGGAGCUCCGUGGCCAACUCAAGAUGGUGGACAGCUUCCACAGGGUGAGUCUACAUUAUGGGAUCAUGUGCCUGAAACGGCUCAACUAUGACCGGAAGGACCUGGAGCGGAGGCGAGAGGAGAGUCAGACCCAGAUCCGAGAUGUGAUGGUGUGGUCUAAUGAACGGGUCAUGGGUUGGGUGUCCGGGCUGGGCCUGAAGGAAUUCGCCACGAACCUCACGGAAAGCGGGGUGCACGGGGCACUGCUUGCCCUGGAUGAGACCUUCGACUACUCCGAUCUAGCCUUGCUCCUGCAAAUCCCCACGCAGAAUGCACAGGCCCGGCAGCUCCUGGAGAAAGAAUUCAGUAACCUCAUCUCCUUGGGCACAGACAGGCGGCUGGAUGAGGACAGCUCUAAGUCCUUCAGUCGCUCUCCAUCUUGGCGGAAGAUGUUCCGAGAGAAGGACCUCCGAGGAGUAACCCCCGAUUCGGCUGAGAUGUUGCCCCCUAACUUCCGUUCAGCUGCAGCAGGGGCUUUGGGCUCGCCGGGGCUCCCUCUCCGCAAGUUGCAGCCGGAAGGCCAGACUUCAGGGAGUUCCCGGGCUGACGGUGUCUCGGUCAGGACCUAUUCCUGCUAGAGUAGGCCUCCAGGUGACCUCACUCGGAUGGAAGAAUCUUCCAGAGGUUGGACUAUUCCCCCUCCGACUCAGAGUAUGGUCUCGCCUGGGAGAGCGGGCGGGGGAACACGCUCCAUGGACUGGACCAUCUAUACAGACCAGCGGGGAAUGCGCUUCCCUGGCUCACAUAUGGACUGGGCCUGGACUAAACCACCUGAACUGGACUGAGACGGGGGAGGAAAAGGGCAGGAAGAAAUUCCGAAGCACACUUCCGCCUCCCUUUUCUCUACUUUGUAAUUUAUUGAUCAGUUUCCAAUGGGAGACGGGUGCCCUUUUCCUGCGGGAAGGGGGCGGGGCUUCCCUCCCCGACCAGCAUGCGAGGAGAGGCUGCCCCUUUCCCUUUUUCCUCCCUAGUUGCGGGGCCCAAGUCUUCCUUCUUCAUCCGAAAGGAGGGGAGGGGUGACUCGCUGCUACAAGCCUCGCUCCCAGUUACCUUUCGGCCCCGUCUCACCGCAUCCGGUCGCCGCAUCCCUGGGUCAGCUGCAGACGGGGUCCCCUCUCCCUUCCCCGUGUCUCGUGUCCCUGGGGCCCCUCCGCCCUCCCCGUGCUGUGGCCGUGUCCUUGCCCCGAGGGAAGGGGACGCAGAUCCGCGUUCCUCGUUCCCCUCCGGCUCCGGGGUUUGCAUGGGAGAAUCCUCUUUCCAAGAUGCUACUGGACAACGUGGCGUGUGUGGAGGGAGUACGGUGAGGGCGCCCUCACCCCGACCCUCGGUCGGCCUCCUUGCUCCAGACGUCGUUCAGUGAUCAACGAUAAAGAGAACUGUUUCAAAAAG